AUGCAAAGUGUCGAUCCUCUUCUUCUUCUUCUUCAAAACAACCCAUCAUCUCCCUACUCCUUUUCUCCGACUCAGACGCCGUCCACCUACCGCCGCCGUGUUCGCCACCCUCUCCACCGACAAAUAGAAAGCCUACUGUCUGGUUUCCUGUUUUAUCUUUUUCUAUUUUAUCAAACUAUCUGCUUCGAUUUGCCGCCAGUCAAUCCGCGCCUGUUCGACGAUCAACUGGCGAUCGCAUCAUUUGCUAAGGUGAAAUUUGGAUUGCCACUGUCUUUUACAUUCAGUUCUUUUCGCACUGUAAAAGGCAUGCAGAACAGUGGCAGUCUUCCCAAGAGCAAUUCCUUAAAAACCCCUCAACAAUCACUUCGUCGCCUCAACUUUUGCUCUCAAAUAUCAACUGGUCAACAAACUUCUCCUGUUGUGUUCCCUGAAAAACGUACAAAAGGAAAAGUUUCAAAACGAAACGAUGUCAGUGCUAACAACAAUGAUUCCAAGAAUUCAAAGAGGGAAGAACACAAGAUUGAUAUUGGAGAUGAACAAUCUGACUUACUGGGAUAUGAGGUCAUUUCUGGAAAGCUAGUUUUGGAUAAAAGAAAGACCAUCAAAGCUACUGAUUCACAAAACUCAACAGAAACCUCACACCUGGAUUCCAUUGAUGCUAAACUAACAAGCAGGGCUUUGGUUUGGGGUUCUCAUGUUUUAGCCCUUGAUGAUGUCAUUUCAGUGUCAUACAGCUAUGGGAUGAGACAUUUUAUAGUACAUUCAUACCCUAUAAAAAAGCGAUCCUACAGUCUUUCUUGUUUCUUGAAAUCUGGAAGAAGUAGGAAAGAUUUUUGCUUUUUGGCUUCUACACCAGAUGAAGCUUUUCAAUGGGUUACAGGGUUUGCAGAUCAACAUUGUUUUGUGAAUUGUUCACCUCACCCUAUGGUAUCUUCAAAGAAACAAGAUUCUGAAAUAUUGGCUACUGAUUUUUCUUAUAGACAUAUUAAAAGUAAAAGUCCACCUAGGAUGCUUGUUAUCUUAAAUCCUAGGUCUGGACGUGGUCGCUCCAGUAAAGUUUUUCACAAUUUGGUUGAACCUAUAUUUAAGCUUGCAGGGUUUAAGCUUGAGGUGGUGAAGACAACAUCUGCAGGCCAUGCUAGAAAUCUAGCUUUCAGUGUUGAUUUCAGUACAUGUCCUGAUGGAAUUAUAUGUGUGGGAGGCGAUGGAAUUGUGAAUGAGGUUUUGAAUGGUCUUCUUUGUAGAGAUAAUCAGAAAGAAGCAAUUUCAAUUCCAAUUGGAAUCAUUCCUGCUGGCUCUGAUAAUUCUUUAGUGUGGACUGUUCUUGGAGUUAGGGAUCCAGUUUCUGCUGCUUUAGCUAUAGUCAAGGGUGGUCUCACUGCUACAGAUGUAUUUGCUGUGGAAUGGAUUCAAACCGGUGUCAUUCAUUUUGGAAUGACGGUUUCCUACUUUGGCUUUGUUAGUGAUGUAUUGGAACUAUCAGAAAGAUACCAAAAGCGCUUCGGUCCGCUCCGUUACUUUGUGGCGGGAGUUUUGAAAUUCCUCUGCUUACCAAAAUACACGUACGAACUCGAAUACCUCCCGGCAUCCAAACAAAAAUCGGAUCUCGAAAGAAAAAUAUUAGCAGAGAAAGACACAGUCGACAUGUCGGACUUAUACACAGACAUCAUGAAAAGAUCCGAAGGAGGCGGAAUCCCACGCGCCUCAUCUCUCUCAAGCAUCGACUCCAUCAUGACACCCGGGCGGACCCCACUCGAACCAACCGACACAACCACCGAACCCUCCGAUUACGUCCGAGCCAUUGACCAAAAGUCAAAGCGGUUAUCCUCGGGUCGACCCAACGUGACCUCCGAACCCGAAGUCAUCCAAACCUCAUCCACCCCGAACUGGCCGCGAACCCGGUCAAAGUCCCGGGCGGAUAAAGGGUGGAGCGGGUUGACCGACCCGACCCGGUCGUCCUGGGGGAAUUUAGGGGGAAACGAUAAGGAAGAUAUUUCGUCUACGAUGUCGGAUCCGGGUCCGAUUUGGGAUACGGAGCCGAAGUGGGACACAGAGCCAAACGCGAAUUGGGAGAUGGAGAAUCCGAUACAGUUGCCGGGCCCUGGCCCUGUUGUGGGUGUGGGCCCGGCAACUGAGAUCGGGGUUGGGGUUGUGUUGGAUUUGGAGGAGAAUUGGGUUGUGAAAAAAGGGAAGUUUUUAGGGAUUCUUGUGUGUAAUCAUUCGUGUAAAACCGUUCAAUCUUUGAGUUCUCAAGUGGUGGCACCGAAAGCCGAACAUGACGACAACACGUUGGAUUUGUUGUUGGUUCAUGGGAGUGGGCGGUUAAGGUUGUUGAGAUUCUUCUUGCUUCUUCAAAUGGGGAGACAUCUUUCGCUUCCUUAUGUUGAAUACAUCAAGGUUAAGUCGGUGAAACUGAAGCCGGGAAAGAGUACGCACAAUGGAUGUGGGAUUGACGGGGAGCUUUUUAGGGUGUCGGGGCAAGUUGUGUCGUCGUUACUUCCGGAUCAAUGUAGGCUGAUUGGUCGUGCUCCGAGUAGUAGUGUGAAAGGACUAUAAUGCCCUUUUGCCGUGUUUGGGACAGUCGUGUUACAUAUAUAUGAGGUGACUGUAUAAUCUUCUGGCUGUUAUUGGUUUGAAUUCUUCUUGUUGAUUUUUUGUUUGUUUGUUAGUAUUUUGG